AUGAUUGGAAAAUAUAAAAUAUGUGAACCAAUUGGUUAAGGCUAUUCAUGCAAAGUUUAUAGAGCAUAAUCAUAGGAAAAUAAUUAAUUUUAUGCUAUAAAAGUGAUAAAUCAUUAAUAAAUGAGUGAACCUUAAAUCAAAUUACUUGGAACUGAAAUAGAAAUUUUGUAAACUUUAAACUGUUAAAACAUCAUCAAAUUGUUUGAUAUUAUAAAGAAUACUUCAUAUACAUUCAUCAUAACUGAAUUAUGUUAAUAUGGGAGUUUAGAAGGUAAAUUAUAUAAAAUACUUCAUAGAUCAAAUGAAUAAAAAUAAAUAGUUUAAUGAAGUGCAAGCAUUAAAUUUUUUGAAUUAAAUGUGUAAUGCCUUAUUGACAUUAAAGAAAUAAAGUAAUAGAAACUACUUAUUUAGAAAUAAUACAUAAUGAUAUUAAACCAUCUAAUAUCUUUAUUUCAUAGAAUUGUUUCAAAUUAGCUGAUUUUGGUUUUGCAAUAAAAGAAAAUUCAAAUUAUCAAUUUAAUUUCGGAAGUCCUUUGUACAUGUCACCAGAGACAUUAACAAAUAAUUAACAUACUUAUUAAUCAGAUAUUUGGUCACUUGGAAUUACACUAUAUUAAUUAAUUCAUGGUUAUACUCCAUUUAAAGCUUAAAAUGAAAAGGAACUUCUAUUAUGUUAUCUAAAUAAUCCUAUUUAAUUUAAUAAGGAAAUCAGUCCUAAAUUGCAAGCAAUAAUAUCAAAUAUGUUAACAAUAGAUCCUUAAAAAAGAAUAACAAUUGAAAAAUUAUAGAUAUUAAUUGUUGAAAAAGAGAAUAAUAUGACAUCAUCAUUUCAUUAAAGAACUAAAUCUUUAUCUUAUGAUAAAUAACCAUUCUAAUUUAAGGAAUAGACAUUGAAUAUUUGUUUAUUUGUAAAAUCAGUGAGAUAAGAAAUCUAAGAUAAUGAAUUGUUAACAUAUGCCCUUACUGGAUUAAUAUUGUAUUAUACAAAAUAAGAGCAAGGUAAAUAAUAAAGAUGUUCUAGAAAAUGAAUACAAUUAGAUAACCGUGAUUGUAUAGUAGUAGAAACAGCCAAAUAUAUUUUAGAUGGUAAAAAGUGAUCUAUUGAAAUUCUGUAUGUCCUAGUUGAUACUCAGCAUUAAUUUACUUUCAGAUUAGCUGAAAUAAUUAAAUCCAGUAUAUAUAUAAUCUAUUAUAUAAUCAGAAUUUCUAUCAUGUUUAAAAAAGUAAUGUCAGAUUAUUGGUUAAUUUAUAUAAUUUAUAUAUGUUUUUAAGAUCUGGUGAAUAGAAUAGAUAAUUAGUACUUGCAAGUUAAAAUAUUACAUUUUAAGAAGCCUAAUAAUUAUUAAGUUAAAUAAAUAUUUGA